AUUUUUCCAACCGAAGUGCGUUCUGCAUGAUCAUUGAUUUACUGAACACAUUGAACAUUGGUACUGGGCAGAGAGACUUGGAUCAAGGCUCAGUCUCACCAUUGGGCGCGUCUACAGCAGACUCAUUCGCGAACUCAUUUGGACGAGUACUAUCAGGCCGGCCUCAUAGCUGAGUCCGAACCAUGCGUCUGACACCCGAUGUGGUGUCCAAAACACCUUCACAUUUGAACGCGUUGAAGGAAAGAGAAUUGGAUCUGAGAGGUCUCCAAAUACCCGUCAUUGAAAACCUUGCAUCUCAUCAAGGGACGUACGACACGCUCAACUUGACGGAUAACUCGUUGACUGUCCUGGGGAAUAUCCCGCUGUCUACACGUCUUCAGGCUUUACAUGUUGGCAGAAAUCAAAUCUCCUCCAUAUCUGUAUCUUUACCCGCCAACAUCCCCAAUCUCGUCACUCUUGUCCUGUCUGACAAUGUCAUCUCCUCUCUCGCCACUCUCGCUCCUUUAGAAUCCCUGACACACCUCCAACAUCUGUCUCUGACCGGUAAUCCGAUAACACAACAUGAGCACUACCGUUUAUUUGUCAUAUGGAAGGUCGGUCGAGGAAGCCUGCGGACAUUAGAUUUCAAACGUAUAAAAGAUUCUGAAAGAGCGGCUGCCAAGAAGCUUUUCGUUGACUCCACAACUUCCCUUCCCAAUGCCUUGGCCAAUAGACUAUCAACAUCUACAGCGGCUGUGUCGGGAUCAACGGGUCUGACAAAGGGAUCAGCGGGAGGCGCUGGAGCUGCUGGAGGAGGUCCGCUGAAAGGAGGCAAAGGAAGAUUGAUGACGCCUGAGGAGAAGAAAAAGGUGGUCGAGGCUUUGACGAGGGCAAAGACGGCGGAUCAAGUGAGGAAAUUGGAGAGAAUGUUGGCAGAGGGUUUGAUACCGGAAGGCGAGGAGGGUGUACCGGUGAAUGGAUCAUGAAGAUGCACGAGUCUUUGGACAUGGAGAGGAAAAAUGAGGU